AUGGAGAACAACAUGGAAAUCGACACAGCGCGCUCGCCUGAGCCGCAUCACCUCUCCCCGACCACGGAUCCUGGCUCUAUACCGACUCUGGAUGGGUGGAUUGAAAAUCUGAUGAGCUGCAAGCAGCUUGCAGAGAAUGACGUGCAGCGAUUGUGUGACCGGGCGAGAGAAGUUCUUCAAGACGAGUCUAAUGUCCAGCCAGUGAAAUGUCCAGUCACCGUCUGCGGAGAUAUCCAUGGACAAUUUCACGACUUGAUGGAGCUAUUUCGCAUUGGAGGGCCCAAUCCAGACACGAACUACCUCUUUAUGGGGGACUACGUCGAUCGUGGUUACUAUUCCGUCGAAACGGUGACCCUCCUCGUUUGCCUCAAGAUCCGCUAUCCUCAACGCAUCACAAUUCUCCGUGGAAACCACGAGUCGCGUCAGAUCACACAGGUUUACGGCUUUUACGACGAAUGCCUCCGUAAAUACGGCAAUGCAAAUGUUUGGAAGUAUUUCACCGAUCUUUUCGACUACCUCCCCCUUACUGCCUUGAUUGAGAACCAAAUUUUCUGUCUGCACGGCGGUCUCAGCCCGUCCAUUGAUACCCUUGACAACAUUCGGUCGCUUGACCGCAUCCAAGAAGUUCCCCACGAAGGACCCAUGUGUGAUCUGCUAUGGAGUGACCCUGAUGACCGAUGUGGUUGGGGAAUCUCUCCUCGAGGAGCUGGCUACACUUUCGGCCAGGAUAUUUCAGAGGCAUUCAACCAUAACAAUGGCUUGACGCUUGUUGCACGUGCCCAUCAACUGGUGAUGGAGGGUUACAAUUGGUCUCAAGACCGAAAUGUUGUAACGAUUUUCUCAGCUCCCAACUAUUGUUAUCGCUGCGGUAAUCAAGCUGCGAUUAUGGAGAUUGACGAGCAUCUGAAAUACACGUUGUAUGUCUAUACCUUGGUUCCAAUUCCUCAUUCAGAUAUACUGACGCUUCCAGCCUUCAAUUUGACCCAUGCCCCCGAGCGGGAGAGCCGAUGGUCUCAAGACGGACACCAGACUACUUCCUUUAAAUCAUGA